AUGUGACUUUCAUUACAUUAAUAUAAGCAGAGAGAAAACUCUCUGAUAUGAGAGCGUAAUCAUACCGGGUAGUGUCAAUAUUGUUGUUAAUCUGAUAUUGUCAAUCUGAUUUUACAAAUAUAUCAAAAUGUCUUACAUGCUAUCGCAUUUGGAAAAUGGCUAUCAAGUUGAUCAAGCCAUUCUAUCAGAAGAAGAUAGAGUUGUGGUUAUUCGCUUCGGACAUGAUUGGGAUCCGAUGUGUAUGAAAAUGGAUGAAGUGCUCUAUAAUAUUGCAGAGAAAGUUAAGAACUUUGCCGUUAUUUACUUGGUCGACAUUACGAAAGUACCAGAUUUUAAUAAAAUGUACGAACUUUACGACCCAUGUACAGUAAUGUUUUUCUUCAGGAACAAACAUAUUAUGAUAGAUUUAGGCACUGGAAACAAUAAUAAAAUAAAUUGGACAUUAGAAGAUAAACAAGAAAUGAUUGAUAUUAUUGAGACUGUUUAUCGAGGUGCUAGAAAAGGUCGAGGUUUAGUAGUUUCACCUAAAGAUUAUUCUACUAAGUAUCGAUAUUAAUUUAUUUAGGAAAUACAUUAAUAUUA